AUGGAAACAAAUAACGAGACGUGGGUGAAUGAAUUCAUCCUCCUGGGACUGUCUAGUGACUGGGACACUCAGGUCUUGCUCUUUGUCCUAUUUCUGUCCAUGUACCUUUUGACUGUGUUGGGGAACUUUCUUAUAAUCCUCUUAAUAAGGCUGGAUACCCGCCUUCACACCCCUAUGUACUUUUUCCUUACCAACCUCUCUCUUGUUGAUGUUUCUUAUGCUACCAGUAUUGUACCUCAGCUAUUGACACACUUCUUGCAAAAACAGAAAUCAAUUCCAUAUUUGAGCUGUGCAGCCCAGUUAUUUAUCUCCCUAGCCAUGGGUGGGAUUGAAUUUGUUUUGCUGGCGGUAAUGUCUUAUGACCGCUACGUGGCAGUGUGUGAUCCCCUGCGCUACUCAGCUAUCAUGCAUGGAGGACUUUGUGCCAGGCUGAUGGCUGCCUCCUGGGUUGGUGGUUCUCUCAACUCUCUCAUGCAUACAGUUUUUACCUUCCAGUUGCCCAUGUGCACCAACAAUGUCAUUGACCAUAUAGCAUGUGAAAUUUUAGCCUUGGUGAGGCUUGCCUGUGUGGAUACUUCCUCCAAUGAAGUUGCCAUCACCAUCUCCAGCAUUAUCCUGCUCAUGACCCCAUUCUGCCUUGUUCUGCUGUCCUAUAUCCAGAUCAUCACCACCAUUCUGAAGAUCCAGUCAACAGAGGGAAGGAAGAAAGCUUUUCAUACCUGUGCCUCUCACCUGACAGUGGUAGCUUUGUGCUAUGGAAUGGCAAUCUUCAUUUAUAUUCAGCCUCAUUCAAGCCCCAAUAUUCUUCAGGAGAAGAUGAUCACACUGUUCUAUGCCCUUUUAACACCAAUGUUGAAUCCUAUGAUUUACAGUUUGAGGAAUAAGGAGGUAAAGGGGGCCUGGCAGAAGCUGCUAGGACAAUUCUCUGAAUUAAAGUUAAAGCUGGCAUUCUCAUGA